UGCGCGGGAAAGCACGUCGUUUCGGUAUUCGGUUCGCGAAAAAGUUUGCGAGUGUUUUAAAACAAUUGGACUAGUGAUGUGGAACUAUUUAUUGGAUUUUGUACGUGCAAGGAGGUUUUUGUGCACCGUGUAAGGAGUUUUGAUAUUGAUUCAAAAUGCUGAAGUGGGCAGUGUACGGCAAAAAGGGCCAAGAGAUACAUGUUAAUUCAGAAAAUGAACAAGAAGAUCUAGUAAUUAAUAACCGACCUUAUGAUGACAGGCUUCGUAGAUCCUUAGAUGCUCAAUCAGUUAAGAAGACAAAAAAACCAAGUAGAUAUCAAAGAAGAUCACUAGGUGCCGCUGCUAGGAAAAAUAGUAAACAUAUCGAUAAAGAAAAUAUUAAUUACAUAGGGCACACCCCUAAUUAUUAUCGAGAAGGGUUCAAAAAACCCGAAAAUAAUGCAUUAAAAGACGUAAGUAAUAUCACUCCUACAUCUGUUACACCUCAUUUUGAAAAGAGAAAGAUCUUUUACGAUGAAAAAGAGGUAUCAACAGAUUUACCCCCAACACCACCAACGUAUAGUAGAAGAGUACGUGAAGCAAAGAAACGCAAACUUGAAAUGGCCGCUUGCAACAACAAUGAAGUCUUUUCCAGAAACAGCAUCGCUUAUAAAUCUGAGAGAAAAAUUAAGCUUUUAGAUCGCGGUCAUCUCAGUGGAUCUACGUUAAGUCACAGUAUCUCUGAACCAUCAUUAAAUGAUCUUUCAGACAGGUUAAGUGCCACUACGGAAAGCAGUAAAAGUUCGAUAGCACUCGCCAAACAAAUAGAAAGAUUAAAGUCAGUAUGUACGACGAAAAGUGUAAACCAAGAUAUUGUGGAAAUUGAAUACGAUAAAAACUUAGUCAUUAACUGCGUAGAAAAACCAUUAGAUAAAACACGUUUAGAAAAAUCAACACUCCCUAUAUUUGGGCAUAGAAUAUUUACAGACAACCCUUUAUAUUUUAAUAAAAACGAUACCGAUUUAACUAAUAUACGAUCGCUUAAGAGAACGAGAAAAAAAUCUAAUGAUUUUGAAAGUUCAUUUAAAUCACCUUCAAUUGACAAAAAAGAUGCACACGCACUAUUAAGGGACGGUUGUUCACCAGUAUCUAUCACACCAUUAUCUGAUAAACUUGCUGCUUUAAGGUUUAGUGCUAUGAGUACGCACACAAAAUCUCAAAGAGUUAUUGUCUAUCCCCAUGAAGAAAUAACAGAAUAUUUCCCAAAAAUUGAAAAUCCCUUUACCAUACCAAUCAAAGACGAAGAAAGUUCAACUGAACUGGAAAAUAAAUAUAUAUUAGGUAAAGAUUCCGUGGGGAGUGUUGCAGAAUCAACGGUUUCUACUACACAAAUGGGUGAUAUAACUCUUGAAAGAAUGAUAGAAGAUAUAAUUAAAAGUACGAAAAUAGUCAAAUCUAAAAGAAGAAUACUACAAAAGGAAGCGAAUGAAAAAAAAAUAGUAAAGGAUCAUAUUAAUCAAAAUGAUGUAUUUGUGAAUCCUCCUAGAGAGGUGAAAAAUAAUAUCAUUAAAGAAGCGAAAUGCGUAAAUAUUUCCAGAGAAAGCUCACCGAAAACAACACCCACUAAGAAAAUCUUACCACUUCAAAGAGAUACGGCAAAGCUAUUGAAAAAUGUCCCAAUUGGAGGAUAUAUCUUAGAUGAUGGUGAUGGUUACAAUGAAAGGGAAGUCAAAACACCGGACAUUGAUGCGAAAGCUAAAGAAAGAUACAUUGAAUGUUUUAAUAGAUCCUUAGCACGCUCUCGCUCAAUGAAUGAUUCUAUGGCCAGCCCAAAUAUAGAUACCAUGUCUUCUGAAUCGACGCCAGACUUACACACCGCUCUUAAAGAAUUUGGUAACAAUAGAUUAAGAAGACAAAAAUGUAUACGGAGAAAAAAAUCUACAGUCAGUAAUGAUAGUGAAUAUCAACGAGGGACAAAAUCGUCUCCUCUCUCUCAUGAGAUAGGCUUACCAAGCCCAGAUUUACAGGAGAAAUCCAUUCGUACUGUCCACAGUGAACCCAGCAGCUAUGAUCCAAAUCAUUCAAUUUCGUCAACGGUGUCUCAUAGUAGUCUAAAACCUUGUGAAGCACUAAACAAGAGAUCACGAGAAUUAUUUGGUUUGACUGAAACUGGUAUACCGAGUCCAAUAACUCCUGCCCCAAAUUUAAAAAGAACAAGUAACAAUCUCAGUGAAGAUAGGGCCCAUAAGACUAGUAAAUUGUAUGAAGAAAUGCUUCCAAAUGAUUUAGCGACGCCUGUUAUAGAACAUCGUUCAUCACGACGAUGUCUAACAUAUUCUCCUGAAGAGAAUAGUAUCAGUAGCAGCGAGGAAAAGCGUGGAAGUAUUGCAAGUAAUCGUUUAGAAAGGAGUGCAGAUCGAUUCCAGGCUUUGAAAGGAACGAUUGAUUUAGAAAUUAUUACUAGAGAUGAUUUGAUCGAUGUACACGUGAUCCGGUGCCGAGACUUACAAAGAACUUCAGGAAAAACGGAUGAUAUAAACGCAUAUGCAAAGGUUGUUAUCAGUGGUGUAGCAGAAAAUCAGUCGCAGCGAUCGAUUUUCCAGCGCACUUCUGUGCUUUAUGGAAAAAGAGAACCGGAAUUCCAGAGACACUUGACGCUAUCCCUGCCAUCUGCCGUCUACGACCACCAAAUGCUCCACAUCUCUGUAUGGCAUAGAGACAAGAAAUACAGGAGGAGCGAGUUUCUAGGAUGUGUCUCGUUCCCAUUAAAAGAUGUUACUAAAAGUGACAUAUCUGGCACGUACUUCCUACAGUCGUCGGGUCGAGGUCAGGCGCAUGACGCAUGUCGCGUGACUGAGGACCGCCGCAAAAUGGCUACGGACAAUACAGAGGCAAGCACAAAUGACGCUAAAGAGAAUACUGAUAAAGGUGUUGCCAACGGCCCAUCCGCAAGUCAGGCACAGGUUGCAGCCGCGUUACAAAGAGAGGCUGAUGAGCACCUGUUCCUACGAUACCUGGAGCUGGACCCUCCUGAAGACCCAGCGGCACCCAGACGAGCACAGAGAAAUGGAAGGACGCCAUUUACCACGACUAGAAAACUCUCUCGUGGUUCAGCGGGUGGUUUUGGUUUCACCGUGGUCUGGACGAGACCUCCAAAAAUCGAGAGGGUCGCGGCUGGAGGAUCAGCGGAACGAGCGGGUCUCAGAGCAGGGGAUUACAUCGUAUUUGUUGGUAACAAAAAUGUUGUGACGGCGUCAGAAGAGGAAGUACGGAAUCUAGUUAAAUCAGCAGGCCAAACACUUAACAUAGAAACCUUCAGACGCGUUCCACAAAAUGGCGUAGGAGUGCGACCACGCCUUGCUCAAGUGACCAUACCGUCCGCUGCCGAGUCCACCCCACCUCCCCCCAGGUCUCCAAGAGCUGCCCUAACGUCGCCAGCGGCUGCAAGACCGCCAACUGCAUGCUCAUCAACCAGCCAGUCCCUUGAUAGGCGCAAACUGCAUCUUCCGCAAGUCACCUUUUCCAAAGAGACGCCCAGUCUCACCACAGAUGGACGAAAGAGAUCCUUACUCGCCGUGAUUUCACGGGAGCAGCAUUAUACAACAUGUCUACAAUUUGGCUUAGUCAGAUUUGUGACACCUCUAGCGGAAAGAUCUGAUUUGAUUGCUCCAAGCGAUCAUCAGUUGCUGUUUCAAAAUAUUGAAGAGAUUUUUAGAUUAUCAGAAGAAAUCCUAGAGCAAGUGGUGCAGGAUGAUGGUGAAAUCCAAACAUCUACUGUAGUCGCUGUAUAUUUACAAAAAACGUCUGCGUUUCUUAGCCUCUAUAAGAAAUAUUGUUUGGGAUUGAAAAGGGCUGACUGUGUGCUGGUGAAAAAAUCAAAAGACCCUAGCGGCGCUUUCUCAAGAUUUUGUACCAGUCCGCCCAUACCCAGAAGACGGCCGGAUAUUACGUCAUUAGUGCAUAAACCGUUAGAACAGUUCCGGGAAUUAUUACGGCUGAUGCGAUCAGCCGCUGUUGCCAACGGCACAGGACCUUAUGAUCAGCUGGAGAAACAGCAGCUUCAAGUUAUCGUUGAGCAAUUACAGACGGGCUAUCAAGAUGUCACAGCUGGAUCCGGUUUGAUGGGCUUAGCUGGCGAUGGAAAACCUCUUCUGUCAGUAGCUGAUCUUGAAAGUAGACUUGUGUUCACUAGAUGUAAGCCCUUUGUACUCAGCACUGGAGGUAGACAGUGGAUUUUUGGAGGUGAACUCUCAAGGGUAGAAGGCAGGACUGUAAGGCCUUAUUGGGCCUUGCUCUUCAGCGAUCUACUCCUGUUUGCCACCGUCUCCAGAGAUCGGGUACUGUUCGUAACUGAAGAACCAGUGGCGUUAGCUACUGUCUCAGAAACCCAGUUCAAUGUUAGGAAAAAAGCUACGGAAUUUCGUCUCUCACUGGGUCGUGCAGGUGGUGAGAGCCCGUUGGUGUCAUGUUCCCCACGUACUCCCAGCCGGUCAAGGCCUAUUGUGCUUCGAGCACCUUCUAUAGACUUAAAGGCUGUGUGGCAGAGUUUAUUGCAGAGACAAAUUUCCCGCGCUCACACGAUGUCUGGUACACCUUUGGGUUCACCUCUCGACUCUCCGGAUCCUCAGCUUACCUUCAGCCUCGCGACGCUGGACUCCCAGCAACGACAGGUAAGGCGGAGUUCCGCUGAAACUCAAACGGGUGGUAGUGCCCUAGAGGGACGUAGUUCUAGAAGCAGAGGGUCCACACUCCAUCUUCAAAGAUGGAUGACUCAGCUUCCAGAGGCUGAAGAGUUGGAUCCACCGGAACCGGAUAUGGAAAUGUGGAGUAUAGAGGAACUGAGAAAACGAUCAAAGGAGCUUAAUUUAUUGGACGUAGCUGAAUUGGUAGAACAUCAUGAAAAGAAGGAAACAAAAGAAGUAAAAGAAACACCACCCGUUGAAAAGAAGGAAAACGAACACAGUCCAUCCAAAAGCAGCAAUUCUGGAAGCCAGAUUACAGUAAGAACCAGCCCUGUAGUAGUAGACACAUUACCAGUAUGUAGACAGUGCCACAAAAAAUGUUUGUCCAAACCAAACAGCCCAUUAUUGUCACAAACAGAAACAUUACCUUUAAAGCCAAAACCGGAAGCAUCACCUCAAAACUCAAUAUCUAACAAAAGCUCACAAAGUCCAUGCAGUGCUAGCUGUGAAAAGCGGAAAUCCCAUUUUCAUUGUCACUUAGAACGCAAAGGUGCUAUUAGGAUAAAAGCUGAAGAUGGCCCAAAGGCAGCAGCGAAAGUUAUAGAUUCCAUUGAACAGAGUCAAAAGAUGCUGAAAUCCAAAUCAUACGAUCUAAAAACUGAUUCGAUAAAUAUGACCCGAAGCAUAUCAGACGGUAAUACUAAAAAUAAGUUGGAGUUAAGAAAAGAUCAUUCUAUACGUUCCCUUAGUCCCACUUCAAGUAGCAGGAACAGCCCACUAUCCACGAGCCAUACGACAUGCAGCUCAAUGGUGUUCAAUUCUAGUUCAAAUGAUUUAAGAACUUCGAAUUCAAACAUAACAAAUCAAGUACAGUGCGUAAUCGCACAAGAAAAAUACAUUAAUGAAGUAAAAUGUGUUGAAAGUAUAACUUUACCAAAAUCAAAACAUUCAUCACCUGCCUCUCAUAAAAAAGAUGAAAUCACAAGACAAAAGGCUGAAACUGUGCUGAAUAAAGUGUUAGGUAUAAAUAUAGUUACUAGAAGAGAAAACGUUGGUACACGUUUGAGAACAUCAUCCGUUUUCUUAGAUGAUGACUCAACAUUUGAAGAUGAUAAUGAUACGCGCUACGCUAACGUAAGCGAUGUACUAUCGGACGAAGAUACUGAACUAGGACCUUUAAUGCUAAUGGGUUUAUCAGCUAUCAACCCAGCUGCGCACUUAAUGAGAGUUGAACCAUUUAAGCAUUCUAUAACAAAUAUAAGUAACGCAAACUCGAGGCCUAGCAGCAUAGGUUCUGUUAAAUCAGAGUCACCGAUACCUAAUAUCGCAGUAGUGCCGCCAACGCCUGAUUAUAAUACAAACAAGACUGAUGAGCUUAUAGAUGAUUCCCCCGAUUCUCCCGAUGUUCCAGAUGACCUCCCUUAUAUAUCGUUGAAAAGAUACGGCACAAUGUCAAGUUUGGAACGAUUACCCUCUGACGAGACUGAUGAUGGAAAUGUAAGACUGACCGCAGAAGAACCCGACGCGUCUAAGCCGUAUAAUACAGUGGUGAGUUCUGCUGGGGGUAUUAUGGGUUGGACGGCGCGUGCCGGCUCCUUCGUUGUUGAGAAAAUGAGUAUUUUUAGUCAUACCGAAAAUGUACCGAACACAUCAAUCGCCCACAAACAGCCAUCGUUUUUAGAGAGGUGCCUUGGUGUAAGUGAGUGGAAGUCGACCCUGGGUACAGAAGAUGGGACCAUGGAGACGGGUGAAGGUAGUGGUGCCAGUGGUGAGGAAGCCUGGGGUACUCCAUCAUCAGGAGACUUGUCUGAUAACCUACAGGAUUCUGAUCACGGCACUUUAUCGUCUCCAACAAAGUCUUCAUCUUCAUACGCUGGCGAUGAUGAUACCGAGCUAAUGAUGGAUGAGCUUCUCAUGGCACCGACUAUAACUGGUCCUACUACUUUAAGGCCACUUUUGCCAAGAGACGUCUUCAGGAGACGUCUGGAACCGUUAUUAGAAGAGGAAUUUUCAGAUAGUGGCAGCGAAGACAACAAACCUACCCCCACAAAUUCUGAUGACCAGGGUAGCGAGUUUGGCCCCGUUGCUGACGAACGCUGCGAGCCGCGCCCACCGCUCUCUGCUUCCGCGCCGGAGGCAGGAGCCGGUGUGUGCGGCGGGGCAGCUGGCGGGCCGCUUGGCGGCGCGCGAGACCUGAGUCCCGACAGGACUCCAACCAACGAAGUGCCUUCGAUACCCUUACAAUCUGUUUCAAAAGACUUUGUGGAGCGAGCGUUUGCUGGCGUCGGUCAUCGGGACUCGCUCAGUUCAGCCAGUACCCCCUCCACACUCGAUCGCACCACAAUACAGAAUCCGACGCCCCUUCAUCAGCUGUCACCAGCUUCGGAGGCGGUCCUGUCGCCGGCAGUGGAGGAGACAGUGGAAGAGCCAAGGCCAUCGACACCGGAGCGUCUCACGCCACAAGCGGAGAUGCGACUGGCCCUGGACCAGGGGAAGGACAUGCUGGUCGAGCAAGAGAAAUCCUUGGAUGGCGGGUCCGACCGCUGGUCGUUUCGCACGGCAUGCCAACGGUCUCUGGUGCGUCGCGUAGCGAGCGCGGACGCCGUGACUCUAUGCCGCGCGCCGCCGCGCCGCACCGCCCCGCAUACUACUUCGCACAGUUCUGUAUAUGCUUGGAAGGCUCCAGAAAGCGAAACGAAACUUUCGGAGAUGGAGCAACUCGCACGAGCGGAAGUUCUGACGAUGCGUUCGCGGACGCGAUCUCAAUGCCAGAACGGGAAGAUAUUGGGUUUCCUUCGACGUCGAGCGUCUUCCGAUAGCCCCCGCCGUGAGCCCUUCAUGAUCAACUCCAGGCCUUUGUCACCUCGCAGAACUACUGAAAAACAUUUGGAGAAAAGAUUUUGGAAACAAGUUACCAGAAGAAGACAAUCGUGUGGUUCCAUCAGCCAAAUAUAAAGUUUACUAAAGAUAAAAGUGUUCAGCAAUCUAGGCCAAUGUAGAACGUAGAUAGAAAACUGUUGCCAUUAUUUCCUGUAUUGACAUGGAUCUUUAGGCUGGUGCAUUGAGAUGAAAGGAAACUCGGAGUACUUUUAGCGUUAGUAAUGAUAGAAGGCUGUUUUACUCGUAUUUAAAUAUUUGCGCCGAAGUCUUCUGAAAGGACGCUUUGGAAGUUGGACCGCGCGUUGGCGUUAUUCAAGUAAAAAUCAUAGGAAAUUUAAGACAAUCAUCCAAAGACGACAUCUACAUGUGUGGAUAUUUGAAAUUGUGCGCCAAAUUUCAUCAGAAAGCCAAAAUCGAAGCCUUCUUCUUCUUCAUAUCGUAGGUAGUGACCAAAUGGUUCUUAGAUAGGUGUCACAAAGUUAGGCCUAUGGAUCUUUAGACCUAGAUGUAAAUAGUACAGACUAGAACUAGGCCUAAUAUUUUUAAUGGCUGCUAGUCCGCUAACAGACAAUGUGAAACUCGUUUUGAUCCUGUUAACUAUUGUUAAUCUUCAUUCAUCUUAGAUCUAUUUAAUACAUGUUUCGAAUAGUAUAUUGAACACAUUUUGCGCGUUACAUAUUAUAUACAUCUAGUGUUCACAUAGGCGCCGACAGCGAGGUGCAAAUAUUAAAUGUAAAUUCACAAGAGCACUCACUCCCUGA